CAGUGCUGUCAAAGAAUUCUCUAAUUCCAAAUGGUUUUUACAAUUGUGUUUCGCUGGGGAAAGUAUAAAAUUUUAGAAUUUGUUGAAAAUUUUGUGUAAAUAUUAUUAAAUACAGAUUGUAAAAUGCACAAACUAUAUGGAAAUAACGAUAUAAUCUUAAUGAAUGUGUGACCAAUACGGAUAUAAGUGUGAGAAAGAGUUUAUAGUGGAAUUACUGCAAUAAAAAGCUGAUCAGCGAAAAAGGAGAAAUUUUGAUGACGGUCAAGAAUGUGUGCGUUUGUGUUUCGAGUGCUAGCUUGUAUUGUUCGUGGAUAAAGUAACAUAAUUAAAGAUAUGCAAAGGAAGUUAUUGCGAUAAGAAUAUAAAUUCUUAAAUUAUUUAAAAGUUUGCUUUCUGCGUACUAUUUAUUUAUAGACACAAAUUAAACGUGUAUAUAAAAAUUCGUUUGCUUAGUUACAAUAACUUUCUUAAAGCUUGCACUGAUCUGAUUAAAAAAGCGAAGUGUUGCUGUUAUUAAUGUAGAAGCGGGGGCGUCAAAUUUUUUGACUAGCUUACAGCGGUGUUACUAAUCAAUUUCUUAUGAAAAUGAACUGGGCUUUUAGCUGAGCAAUGACAUCAAUGGCCGAAUUCUAUCAAGGAGCCCGAAUAACAGCAGAUGCAUUUAAAACAAUAUUUGCAAAUAUUAAUAAGUCGUACUCUGGCAGUAAACACAGAGAUACGUUAUUUUUGUAAUAAAAAUAAUAAAGUGAAAUACCAAUACCACAACAACAUACAGUCAUUCCAACGCAUAUAGUUCAACUUUAAGCAGCCUUCAGAGUUCAGUGCCACUGGCUAUCGCUAAGCGCCCGCACAAUCGUUCAUUUCCUAGUAAAAAAUAAAAGUAAUAAUAACAAGUCGAAAAAGAAUUGUAUAAAAACAAAAAUUGCAACCAUGAAUUCAACUGUGUACACGAAUAGUGUCACUAUCAUAAGCAGUAAUAGCAAUAGCCACAAUCACAACAACAGUGCCAACAGCACCAACAUCAACAAUAUUACAAUUACAAAUAACAGCAAUGUGAAUAAUACAAAUAGCUUGCCUGCCUCCCCACCCGUCGCUACAAAUCAUACAACAACUACGCACAUAACAACAACAAACAGUAGCGAAACAACAGCUUUAACAGCGACAGCUGGAGGUGAUGCCGCAAAUGUGCCGCCUAUGACCAAUAAUGUUAGCAACAAAAGCAUAGCAGCGCUCGAUGAUCAAGAGGCGUUGCUACAACGUGCAGCAGAUGAACGUGAAGCGAUUUUCAAUCGUUACACGUUGGGUUUGGAUCCGAAGAAUGUGGUCGAUCCUUGGGAGAAUCCCACAUUUGAACUCUACCAUAUUACAGACAAAUAUGGCUUCAUGCACGAUUCCCGCCUGCCCGACACCCGCGACUCACAGGAACUGCAACGUACGAAAAUCGAAUUGGAGCGCGACAAGAAAUGGGUGAAAAUGAUUGCCAAUUGGAAUCCCAAUAAUGAGAAACUGCGACGACGUAUCUUCAAGGGAAUACCAGAUCGUAUGCGUUGGCCAGCGUGGAAAAAAUUGCUGAAUGUGGACGAAUUGAUAGCGGCCAAUCCCGAUAAGUAUGCGUCUAUGUUGGCAUUGGCGCGUAAAUACUCCACCGAGGUGCGUCAAAUCGAUUCGGAUGUAAAUCGGCAAUUUCGUGAUAAUGUCGCCUACCGUCAACGGUAUAGCGUUAAACAGUGCUCCCUCUUCAAUGUGCUAAACGCGUAUAGUAUAUAUAAUCCCGAGUUGGGUUAUUGUCAGGGUAUGGCGUGUCUGGCCGGUGUGCUGUUGCUUUUUAUGCAGGAGGAGGAGGCAUUUUGGGCGUUAAAUCAAUUGAUUAUAGAUCGUAAAUAUGCCAUGCAUGGCCUGUUCAUUGAGGGCUUCCCGAAGUUGACACGCCUUCUAGAACACCACGAUCGCAUCUUGUCGAAGAGGAUGCGUAAAUUGCAUCAACAUUUUAUGAAGCACAAUGUGGAUGCCAUUCUAUACUCGAUUAAAUGGUUCUUUGUUAUCUUCGUAGAGCGGAUACCAUAUAGUUUAGCUUUGCGUGUGUGGGACAUUUAUCUGUUGGAGGGUGAAACUAUCGUCACCGCAAUGGCCGUCACCAUACUGUAUUUGCACAAACACGAAUUGUUGCGUCUCAAAGAUAUGGAUUCAAUUAUUGAAUAUUUGCAAGUGAAAUUGCAUAAGAAUUUCGGUUACAGCGAUGAUUACGUAAUCGAGGCACUCGAACGUAUGUUGAAGAAGUUGAAAGAAUGGAAAUUGGAUGUGGCACCACCACCAAAGGCGAAUGAAUUUCCAGUACGACCAUUGGGGCAAUUCGUGGAGGCGGAUAUUGAGAAAAAGAUCGGUCGACGGCGUUCCGAAUAUACCGAUAAUGAGAAACAAGUUAUAACUGAUGUGAUAUUGAGAUCUGAACAAAAUGCAGUAGAAGUACAAUCAACCAUGUCGUAUGAGACCUCUGAAUGCGCUACCGGUGAUGCAUAUUCAAUGAAAACGUAUCGAAGUAUCACUAGUUUAGCCACCUCACCGGCUGUUAGCAGUUAUUCACUAUAUAGUAAUGGAUUUGUUGUCACCACCAACAAUAAAUUAUACAAUGACAUUGACAACAAUGCCUACAAUCUUAACGGUCACAAUCACCACAAUAGCCACAGCCACAGCCACAGUCAUUUAAAUAGGCACAGCAAUAGUUAUAAUUACAGCCAUACAAUGUUACCGUUACAAAAUCAUACUGACGCUGACGUUGACUAUUCAAAUGUUGUUGAUUUACCGCCAGACUUUAAUGAAAAUGCUGACAUUGAUGACGAUGAGCUCAGCGUACAAAAUACUCGGCUAUAAAUUUAUAACUAAAAUAAACAAAAAUUAUUAAAUCAAAAACUAAGUAAUUCCACAUUUACUAGCGCACUAAAUAUGUAUUUGUAAGCAUAUUAAUAAAUUUAAUAAAAAAAUAAAUAUUAUAUAUAUGUAGUUAUUACAAUAUGCCAAUUUAACUAGCCUUAAGCUUAAAAUACUAUAUGCGUUUAAAAUGUAAUGCUAUUGCGUUUAUAAAAUAUAUAUAAAAAAUUUAUAGCAUUUAAUAUUUUUUGUUGAAAAAAAUGCUUUUGAAAAAGCUUGCAUACCUAUAGGCUGAAUAUAGUAAUAUGAUGCAACAUAAAAUAAUGAUUUUUUUUAAUACCACAUUUAAUGUUUUUACGUUAAAAAAUUAAUUUUUCUUAAAUAAUACUAAAUUAUCACACAAAUAUAAGACAAUGCGGCUUUAUCUGUGCUUUAAAAAUUUAAAUCUUAAAAAAUUUUCAUAUUUUUUCACCUCUUAAAAUUAUAUAUUCGUAUUAUGCGUUUUCUACAUAAAUUUACACAUUUAAUUGAAUUCUCCUAUUGCCAAAAAUCUUUAAAAAUCCUAAAUAACAACCAAAAACCACAA